AUGGCAUCGGAUCACCAAUAUAUCUAUUUCCGGGUCUCCAAAUCGGAGGACCUCACGACAUCAGCCCAACAAUAUAAGGAACUGCGUCUCCGAGCCUUGCAACUCUCACCUUCCUCAUUUGGCUCCACAUACGAAAUCGAAUCUACAUUCCCCGACGAAUAUUGGAUGUCACGUAUAACUGGAGAUGGAAGAGAGACAUUUAUCUGCGCCGCAAUCCCAUCUCCAGAAUCCAAUGCUGCGGACCCAAGCAGCCUCGAAUGGGUCGCCCAAGUAACAUUGCUGGGCCCACGAAGCAGAGAGCAAUUCACGCUCCCAGAAGUAUCGAGACAGCCAUUUCCUGGUCCAGACGAAGAAGAGGAACGAUGGCAGAUGCUGGGCCUGUAUACGCUUACUUCGCAUCGAGGCAAAGGAAUCGCAACAAAACUUUGCCAAGAAGCUUUGAAUUACAUCCGUUCGUAUCGAUCCGAGCCGGAAAAUGUCCGAUUCCGCCUCAUGGUCAAGGCAGGAGCUCAUGCUCCGUUAGGGUUUUAUGAGCAGCUUGGGUUUACGGAGGUUGCAAAUUGCACUCUCACAGAAGCUAUGAUUGCGAAUGGGGACGGGAGUUUUUUGCCAGAAGACCAUCAAGAGCAAGAGAAGUACCUGGCUCGAACUAGUCAUGUUAUGAUGCAGCUGUUUAAGAGAUGA